ACAAUGCUGUCGGCAAUGAUAAAAGAUCAUCAAGCCAAGCAGGCAGCAAAAAAGGAAGACCAAGAGCGUCGCCGGAAGGAAGCAAUCCUAUCUGCGAACGAGCUUACGCAAAACUUGGUUGACCAUCUUAACGUUGGUGUUGCCCAAGCGUACCUCAACCAGAAGCGACUAGACGCGGAAGCCAAACAGCUGCAUGUUGGAGCUACCAACUUUGCCAAACAGACAACCCAGUGGCUAGCGUUGAUCGAAAAUUUCAAUGGAUCUUUGAAGGAAAUAGGAGACGUGGAAAAUUGGGCAAAAACAAUCGAAAACGAUAUGAAUGUCAUUACAACCGCAUUGGAAAUCGCCUACAAAACUAGCAGGGAGAAAUGAACGGCAG